AUGAGACUUCCAUUAUCAAUUAUAUUAUUAAUUGUCAUAAUCUUAUUAUUGCUUCAAUCAGCAAAUGGGUACAAUACACUGGCAUACACUGAACCUGGUCACGAUUUUGUACAAGUAUACACAAAAGAUAAAGCAUUACUAUACGAAGAUGGAACUGCGCUCGUCCGAUUAACCUUCGGCGAAUCAAACCCACAAAUGAUUUACUUACGACUCAUUUAUCAAAAUGGAUCAAUGACUCCGAUUGACGUUGAAAUCUCAAGAAAUCGAUCAGAAAAUUAUCAAGUGACGAUUUAUCCGUUAUCGGUUGGUUAUAUCUUUGCAGCAAUAGAUAAUCUAACAACGAACGCGACAGAGGGAAUGUUGAUAUCUUGGAAUGGACAAAUUUUACAAAGAGGCAUUGACUUGGGUCCAUAUAUAAAAUUCAAAUCUUCUUCUUAUGCACAACUCAAUGUUAAUACGGCAAAGAAUUUUCUCUGGGUGACCCAAGGACCUGCAAAUAGUAACAUGAUUUUUUGGACUUUAUUUAGUUCAGUGGGCUCAAAUCAGACCAUCUCUCAACUCAAAAGUGGCAAAUUGAAUGCAUCAGCUGGACUAUUAUUAAGAGAAACCUCUGGAUGGGGAGUAUUUCCAACUAUUGAAGGAGGAUUUGGAAUUGCCUAUCUAGCACGUAACCCAAAUAUCAACAUAACAACCCCAGUAAGCGCAAUAAAUAAUGCAACAAAUUUGGGCAAGCCAGUGAUUCCUUCGUGGUAUUUGCAUGUGGUCUUUCUCGAGGUAGAUGCUGAUGAAUUCACAAAUCCAAUAAUCGUUUAUCAAACGCCAGUCAUCAUGGAUAUAAACUUUAUGUUGGCUUACUUAGCUUUAGACGGAACUGGUUAUGGAGCCGUAUUUUGUGCUUUCACAGCAGAUGACCAAAUCUAUAUGCGCAUCUCUUUUCUGUCAGGUGGUGCCGUCACAAACAUCUCAAAAUUAUUAGCAGUUGAUGGAGAUAAAUUUUAUUAUGAGCAUAUUAUUCCUCUCCCAUAUGGUGGGUUUUUGUUUAUGGUCAAUGAUGGCUAUCGUGACGAUUACUCGGUGGGGCUCACCUUGGAUAAUAAUGGAAAUGGCAACCAAACCUGGUCCCUUCCUCGUAAUACAUCAAAUCAACUAGUUGGUGUCUACAAAAAUAACACGGUCUGGACUCCAUUAGAAGGAGCAAAUGGUACAUGGGUUAUAUUGUCCGCUCCCUUGCCACGGUUCAUGCCGGAUGACAACGGAUACAAAAAUCCAAAUAUUGAAUCCACUUUGCCUAAAUUGAAUGCAUCUGUUUCUUAUAAAAUACCCAAAUUCUCAAUUAAAUACCGUGAAGAGAUCCUCCUCUCAUCAGGAAACAUAUCCAUAUACCAAACAAACGGUACCUCCCAAAUUUUGCGACAAAGUUUUACUUCACAGCCUUGCUUUAUAGAAGGAGAUGACGGAAAGACUGUAACUUGCCCGGUCUUAACCAGCACCUUCAAUCAACCACAAACGGCUUAUUAUAUAAUGAUUGACAAUAAUUUUGUCAAGAAUAAGUCCUCGAACCAACCUCAAUUCGGAAUCGAAAAGAAUACCUGGAUAAUGAGAACAGAAAAAAGAGAAACCGAAUUUGCAGAUUCUGUCAAUGCAUUGUUGAGAUUGACCGUCGAAGGUACUAAAUACUUCGAAGAUCUUUCUGCGAAUCGGAAAAAUAAGUUCUUUGAGGACUUGCAAAACGAGUUAGCACUUAUAAUACCAGUCGACCUCUCUCGAUUAUCGACCACUAAACGUUACCAAUAUGAUCCGUCGACCUCAAAAAGUCAAAUCCUUCUUCCAUUAAAGUUUCAAUCGACACACGACCUUGACCAGCUAAGUACCUAUGAUAUUACUGACAGCUUGGAUACCCUUAUUAGAAACAAAGGCAUUACUGCCAUGUCAAAUUCUGAUAAUGCAAAAUAUCUAGAUGAAGAUUACGGUCUUAAUCGACGACCGAAUCUAUGGGACGAAAUCAAAUUCAUAUUGAUCGGGGUUCUAGCCGGAGUUAUUAUUCUAGUUAUACUAUACUUUUUGGCAAAACGAAAACAUAAGGAGGGACGAAAUUUCGAAAUAUUUAAGAUAAUUCUGAUUAUUGUGGAUUUGGCGUUUGAUAUUUCAUUCAUAAUAAACAAUGGCAGAGAUGUGCGUUGGCUAUUUGUUCCAAGCAUCAUUUUUCUCGCCGUCCCUGUUGCUUUUAACGCAACAUUAGCUUUCUCCAUUUUGUUUUCAGAAAUCUCGACUAAUGAAAAUUUUCAUGAAUGGUUUCAAAAGUUCACGAAACCCGCUGCACUCUUUACACUUCUCGCAUCGUCCGAUGUCGAACUUCUUACUAUCUUGACUUCACAAAUCGCGGGAUUAUCAAUAUUCAGUGCGACUCUAUCUGAUAGGGCACAUCAUUGGAUAUUUUGGGUGAGCUCUUGCAAUCUCAUAAUUGAGGAUAUCCCACAAUUGAUUAUACAGAUAUUGUAUAAGCAAUAUACGGUUACAUACGAUAAAACCCUUCCACUUUUUACUUUGAUUACGAGUUCGACCAUUUUAUUUUCUAAUAUUAUUGGUCGAGUAUAUGACGCUAGACUUCGAUGGAAAAAACAUCAGCAAUAUAAAUAUCAAACGACAUCAUCGCAUAAAAACCAUCAAGAAGGGUCAGAUUCAAAUAAUGAUCCUGACACUUAUAUCGAUAUACCAACUGUCUGGCGUAAAAAUAAAUUCGCCACCGUUAGAUGGAUCAACAAUGGACCACCUGAUGUCAAAAAAACCUUGAUUGAGAUACUUGCUGGUGACCCAGCAAAUCUCGCUCGCGUCAUGGUCAUAAAACAAAGUAUCGAUGCCAAAAAACGUAUCUUCAAAUUCCGAGUCCCAAAAACUUUGGCAGCUGGUACCUACGUUAUCCGAAUCGGUGAAAUCGGUCACCAAGUUUCCUACAGUCACCCAUUCACUGUCAGUGAAUAA